AUGUUCUUCUUGGUCAAUCUGUUACUAUCUAUCUAUCUAUCUAUCUAUCUAUCUAUCUAUCAUUCUUUCUAUCUUUCUCUCAUCUGUAUCAGUGAUAUCUCAUUUUUCAUCUAUCUAUCUAUCUAUCUAUCUAUCUAUCUAUCUAUUUACCUGUCUGUCUCAAUCCGUUCCUCAUCUAUCUAUAGGUCUAAUUCAGUUCUUAUUUAUCUAUUAAUCUAUAUGUCUAUCUAUCUCAGUCUCAUUCCUUAUCUAUCUAUCUAUCUAUCUAUCUAUCUAUCAAUACAUCUACCUAUCUCACUAUCUUCUUUCUUCUAUCUAUCUAUCUAUCUAUCUAUCUAUCUAUCUAUCGAUCUAUCAUCUUCCUAUCUAUUAUCCAUCUAUCUAUCAUUGGCUCUCUUUAUCUAUCUAUCUUUCUAUCUAUUAUUGUCAUUUACUUUUUUUAUAUGUAUUUUUCUGAUUCUGUCCAAAAUAUCUUUUUUUUAUCUAUCCAUUUAUACAUGCGAAACAAUUUACACAUUCACUCUAUUCAUAUCUAUUUUUGUUUCAUUUUAUCUUUUAUUUUCAGUUUUAUUUUAUUAUCUAUUUAUUUUUAUCUAUCUAUCUAUAUUUUAA